UCAUUCUCUUCACCAACUCCUUAUAUCAAUAAAUUAUCAUCAGAUCACAUCAGUCCACCUCUGUGUUAUCUUUAUUCUCUAGCUUUUUUCUUCGUUAGAAGCAACAUAUAGUAAAUGAUGGCUGAUCAGAUUGAUGAACUUGAAGGUGAACUCGUAGUCCAGUGUGAUGCUGAUAAGUUAUACACCGCGAUAACCAGUGGUGCUCCGAGUCUACCAAAAUAUCUUCCUCAGUUAAUCCACAAGUGUCAAAUUUUUCCCGGAGGCUGUGAAAUUAGUGUGGGUAGUAUUUUUGUUUGGGACUACGUAAUAGAGGGCAAAUCUUCUACUGUUACGACAAAAGAGAAGAUAACAGCAGUGGACCAUAAAAAUAUGUUGAUAACUUGCACAGUUUUUGAAGGAGAUACCGCAAUUAGUUAUCCAAGUUUUGCUACCACUGUUCAGAUUACUCCCAUAGGGGGAGGGAGUAAUGAAAGCAAGGUGAAAUGGUCAAUCAAGUAUGAGAUCAAAAAGAGUGAACAUGAUGUGAUUCCUACGCCAACUUCCUUCGUGAAUUUCUUGGAAACAUUUUUUAUAGAAUUGGGGGUUAAGUUGCUAGAGGAAGAGAAAUCUUAG